GAUGACGUCGUUACAGUUGUAACUAACAAGCAUAGCUAGCCGGUUGUGAUUAGCCACGUCAUGUAAACUUUUGAAGUGAUAUUGAUGAAAGGCUUAUGGGCGCUGGCGUUAUCAGGAUAAUUCACUUAACUUCUAAUCGGACUUUGAACUUUAUGGUUAGUUUGUUGAAAUAAUUAUAUGGAAGAUGUCAGACAUCGGGGACUGGUUCAAAAGCAUCCCCUUCAUCACCAGGAGCUGGUUUGCUGCCUCGAUUGCUGUUCCCCUCAUCGGGAAACUCGGAUUGAUUGAUCCCAUGAACCUUGCACUGAGGCCUGGGUUGUUCCUAAGGAGAUUUCACCUGUGGAGACCAGUGACUGCCACCCUGUAUUUCCCAGUGUCCCCCAAUACUGGCUUCCUGUAUCUAGUCAACCUUUAUUUUCUCUACAAUUACUCAACUCGGUUAGAGACAGGAGCGUUUGAUGGGCGACCGGCUGACUAUGUUUUCAUGCUCCUCUUCAACUGGAUCUGCAUUGUUAUAACUGGGCUGCUCAUGGACAUGCAGCUGCUGAUGAUCCCAUUGAUCAUGUCUGUGCUGUACAUUUGGGCUCAGUUCAAUAAAGACACGAUUGUGUCUUUCUGGUUUGGAACAAGAUUCAAGGCACAUUAUCUGCCUUGGGUCAUUUUGAUCUUCAACUUUAUCAUCGGAGGCUCGUUUGUGAAUGAACUCAUUGGGAACCUGGUGGGUCACCUCUACUUCUUUCUCAUGUUCAAAUAUCCCAUGGACCUAGGAGGACGCACCUUCCUUUCUACGCCACAGUUCUUGUAUCAGCUCCUUCCUAAUCGGAGAGGAGGAGUGUCAGGCUUUGGAGCCCCUCCCACUAGGAGAGCAGCACCUCAGGAGCAGGCAGGAGGUGGGGGCGGCGGUGGCGGGCGCCACAACUGGGGUCAAGGCUUUCGUUUGGGGGAUUAACAAAAGAUGACAAGAGCAACCUAUUGCCUACUUUGAGCAACUACACUUGGAUUAAAAAAAAUGUUACUUCACUUUCUUCUAUUUGAGGAAUUCCAAAUUAGUUAAUUUAAGUCUUAAGUGAAAAGUAAAGGUGGCAAGUAUUUUAACUCCAAAAGUAAAAUAAGACUGCUGUUUUGUGACUUUCAAUGUUUUCUUUAAAAAAAAAAAAAUCAUUAUUCAACCCUUUUUCUUACAGUUUGGUUUACUGCCUUAUUUCACCCUUUGACAGCAGACUGACAGCUCGAGAAAUGCCAUAGCUGACUUAGGUUCUUCAUGAGUUUCUCCACCCUUUCAGAUAGCAUAUCACAAGACUGUUGGAAUUGUCAACAUGAAUGCUUCUGUGUAGGGCACACAUGGCCAACUGGAAGUAAUGUCUUGGUUGUCUGCUACAGACUUCCUAGUGCCACAAGUGAUUAUUGUUUUUGUAAAUACAACAGUUACCAAAAAGA